CCCCAUUUCCACAAAGAACCCAAGUUUCAUAUUUCAAAUUUUGAGCACAACAUCAAUUUACAGAUUCUGUCCUCUUGGGCAAGUUGCAAAGGAAGUGGUGUAUUCCUUUAUCUAUUUGAGAUGAAAGUUUUCACGGUGAUUAACAUUGAUAAAUCACUGAUGGAUACCAAAAACCAGCUCAAUCCAUCUAUCCAUUUCUCCACAACAUUUUUUCAAGUUUCUGUCCAUUUGGAACCUCUGUGAAGGAAGUACUGUUUUGGCAUUUCCAAAUGAACUGAAACUUUUCCAGUAUCUUCAUAUGUUCAAAUAAUUCACCUCCUCCAAAUUUCAACUCAAUGCAUGCUAGUAUGUGAGUGCCACAUUAAGGUUUGCAUUUCUGUCCAGUAUGGUGGUUUGCACGACAAGCGCUUGCUAGAAUCCUCCAUUUGGUUUGAAACUUUGCCACAAUACCCAUCUUAAUGUAAGAUCACAACAAGGAAAAGAUCAGCAUCCAACACGAGCUCAAUCUCCCCCACCCCACUCCAAACACCUUGAUGUUACCUACCUUCUCAGGUCCAACCAGUCAUUUCUGGCAGCCACUUCCAUCGAAAACCUCUCUAGUCAACUCAAUGAAGCAAGUAGAAGACCCCGGACACGGUUUGGCUGCGAGUGAGGCGUGGCAAUGCCGUGGCCACAUGGUGACCACGCGCAGAGCGCGCCAAAUCGGUGCACUGUGUCCUAGACCCUUCGGGAGUCGCCUCCGACAGUCCGUGGCUUGUCCGCAAGCGCCGGCGAGCUACCCACCAUGUGCUUGAGCGUUCUGGAGGUCUCUCCCCCUUUGUCUGCUAGCCUAUGGCCGUUUGUGCCGACCUCUUAACCGGAUCGCCGCCACGGUGACAAGCUUAUGGGAGCCUCGGCCGACGUCGGCUAGCUCAUCCCCGAACUAUUUAAGGCGCCACCCGAGUCCCUCUUCUUCACCAGCAAGCCCUAGCCCCCUCCCUCGAGCCCCGUAGCUCCCUCUCCCCAUUAAUGGCCGAAGGCAGCCGGCGGACCUCCGCGGCAAAUUCGGCCCGUAGCCCUCCCCCUCUCUCCCUAGGCCUUGUCUGUAGCUGCCCCAAGUCCAGUGGAGCCGCCUCCAUUCCCAUUCCCUCCGGGAAGCCCUUCCUGCACGGGGCCCGUGCAUCGCCUCCGUCACCGCGGCCAGCUCCAUGGUGCCGGCGGUGUGGUCCAAGCCGAGCAGCCCCGCGGCUACCCAUGGGCGUGGCGAGGGACGGCGGAGCAUGUGCGCCCUACGGUCGGCCCCAUCGGGCGGCGAGGCGACGGCCAUGCUGGCGGCCGGAGCGCGCCCUCGCCUCUCUGUCGCGGUGGAGAAGAAGACAUGAGGAGGAGGGAGGAGAUGAGGUGGGGCCCUUGCGUCAGCUGGAGAGAGAGAGAGAGAGAGAGUCAACCCGGCCCCGAGUCAGAUUAAGUGGAAGUGCAUUUUCCGUUUUACGCUUUCGUUUCACUGAAAGCGCAAAAUGGUGCGGCUUCGGCCGGAGAUACGUUUUCACUUCCCGAAAACGUAGUUUCUGGAAUACACUUUGUGUUUUAUCCCCACGGACCUAUUUGUAGAGUUAUGUUUUAGAGAUUCGUCCCUGAA